UUUACAAAACUGAUACAGGCUUAAAAGGUACCGCAAAGAAAACGAUACAAAUAUUUUGAACGCGCAUGUGAACGGCGUGAAAUUUUUUUGUAUUUCUUUCAUAAUUAUUUUUUAAUGACUUGUGUUAAAGACAUAUAGAGGAAAUCAAUAUGGGGGAGAAAUGUACAUUCGGCACUAGGAUGCCCAUCGACAUCCACAUGCUCAAUGAGAUCAUCUACAGAGAAGUGAAGCAUUUCAGAAACUACAAAAUCUAUCGGCCCAACUUCGGAGCAAUUCCGUUGACGGGUAAAUUCUAUGCUGCCCACGACCAGUAUCAAGAAGCAUGUAAAGAAGAAGAAAACAAAAUCGACAACUACCACAACAAUGUGUCACAGAUGCGAUCUUUAGGACCGCGUACCAAAUAUCCCGCGCCCGUUACAGAGUCUCACGUAUACGGGUGGUACAACCAGCCGCUAGUCCCAAUGGAGAAAGGCGACAGACGGUUUAACCAUCAUCGGCAGGAGAGUAUCCACACCAAGAUUGAAGUCAUUAUCCUCAUGUCGAACCCUAAAAGCAGAAAACAAUAAAAGAUACUUUUUGGUACAAAUUGACUUAAUUUGGUGACGAUAUACAUAUACUUUUAUUAGUUUUAUUACUUGGUGCACACUUCUACCACUCUGGCGUAUCAUGACCGCAUCUUUAAAUUGAAAUAAUACACUAUCACAUCGUCGCUAUUUAGAGCCGAUUAACAUAACAAGCGUUAGACGCGCUAUUUAUUGUUAAACCGUGUUGAAACCGCACCUAACGUUUGUCAUCUAAUACCGGGUUCCCGAGUCUUUCACUUGCUUGCGUGACUCGCUACGCACAUACGCAAAGAUCUGUCGCGUACACAGGCAGGCAGCAUUGUUCACGAGUCACUCGCUUGCGCCGGGCGCUUGCUUUGCGUUGGAUUUCUUUGCCUUGCGUGCAUUUGAUAUCUAGGAAGCUUGAUAUUUCCACGCAAGCAACGGGGAACGUUUGCGGAGGACAGCACUUCUGGCCAAUUACAGAGCAAUAGCGUCCACGCGUCCAAUACAACUCUCCACAACGCAAAGUGGAAGACUCGUGAACACCUUUGAGCGGAUGGAAGAUUUCUACGCCAUGUACCCAUCCAACGCAAGCAAUCGAAAAACGCGAGUGAAAGACUUUGUGAACCCGGCAUUAUCUGGGCCUUGCUUAAGUAAGUGUGAAUGCAUCGUUAAUUUGUUUAUGUAAUAACAAUACAGCGUAAGCAAAAAGGUUUUAUUGCGUUAACAGGUAAUCAGGUAAACAAAUUAAUAUUAACAUUAAGAAAUUUAGUCUGUUCAUCGUAAUCCGACAAUCUAGGUAUCAAAAAUCUGAAGGAUUCAGCAAUAAUGUGAACAUUACUACAAAAACGUGACAUUGCCACUGCUAUGGAC